UGCUUUACCUAUCCUUGGUAUCCCGGAUGUUGCAAUCGGAAUUUUCUCGACUCAAAUCUCUUCCGGUCAGAUUUUCUGUCAAUUCGAAUUUGACCAGGGGGGAGGGGUUGAAUUUCACUGUUUGAAUUUGAGCUAGACUAUCCGAAUUUCCGAACCCAUUUUAGCAAUUUUUUUACAGAGGUAAUUUAAAAACCAAGUGACGACAUUGUGCAUUUCACUUUAAACAUCUCCAAAAUAGAUUACUCCCAAACACCAGGGGGCGAUGUCGAUUUUCGAAUAUAAUUUGACACUGUCAAGGGAAGGGAAAACAGGGAGCCAAAACCGCUAAUAUCAACAAUCCUCUCAAAGGCUGCAGACCUGACGUUUACUACAAAUAACAGUUUGAUAAAGAUACUUUUUAAAAGAGACGUUGUUGUAUUCACGUGGGGCUGAAAGUCUCGAAUUUCAAAGGGAGAAGAGGAAUACUAGAAGGGAACGAUGUCGGGGACGGGAGAAUUCCAGGCACAGAUAGCCUCAAUCAUGGAGGUACUGGCUAAUGCAGCCGUAGCCGAAAUUUGCAAAGUUGUAGACGAUGGCUACGCUGUCGUUCACCUGGAGAUGUCUCAGAGUCACAAAGAGAACGAAUUCCUUCGCAGAAAAAUUAAACUAUUAGAGCUACAAAUUGCCAGGUUUCGAACGGAGAGAAUUAAGUUUUCAGAGGGGUCUGUCAGCAAUCGCUUUGGGGUUCGCCUGCUCAACAGACCUGGCCGGGAUACACAGGCAUCAGGACCAUCUCUUCAGGGCAGAGAGAGAUCUGUGAGCAGGAACAGUGCAGGAAGAGACAGGAGUCCUGUUCAUCUGAACCACGAUCCAGCCUCAAACUGUGAUGUUGAGGCAAAGAAUGAGACAGCAGGCCCGAAGCAGGAGGAGGAACUGGACCUGCUUAUCGUGAAGGUGGAGGGGGCGACGGGAGUGGACGACCCUGCCUCAAGCAGGGACUCAGAGCGGCCACCGGGGGGCGACAGAGGGCUCAGUCCUCCUUCCUCAGCCAGGCAGUGGGACAGCGCUGCCGGACGCAACCUAACGGAGGGCCUGGCGAGCGAUGCAGGCGAGGAGCAGAGACCAGAGGACGGGGGAGAUGAUGGCGUUCACCUUCACGCAGAGGUCAAAUCUGAGGUCAAAUCUGAGGUCAUCGUGAUCGAUGCACUUCCUGUCGGAGGGGAUGACACCCCCUCGUCUCUGUGGAGCCCCGGAGACUCGGGCCAGAACACGGUGCAUCAUGGGAGUCAGAGCGGAGCCUAUCACGACCGGUCGUACGGCUACGACCCUCGCUUCAAGAACACCGCCGCCCCGGUCGCCAUGCCAACGGGGGAACAGCGCCCCGCGUGGGCGGGGCUUCAGGAGAACCCCACCGGCCUGUUUCCCCUCUCGGGCCACGCCCCCAACCCCUCUGCCCCCCCGGGGCCAGACCCCCGCCCCUACAAGUGUGCCUUCUGCCUGCGCCAGUACCCCCACCAGUGCCAGCUGCGCAUCCACGAGCGCGUGCACACCGGGGAGAAACCCUACCAGUGCUCCCAGUGUGGGAAGCAGUUCGGCCAGUUCUGCAGCCUGAAGAGGCACCAGCGCGUCCACACAGGGGAGAAGCCCUACCAGUGCUCCCAGUGCGGCAAGCAGUUCUCCCACUCCAACAACCUGAAGGUGCACCAGAGCGUCCACACCGGGGAGAAACGCUUCCACUGCAGCCAGUGUGGGAAGAACUUCUCGUUCCUCAGCAACUUGAUCAGGCACCAGGCGGUGCACGCCGCCGGGAAGUGACGAGGCCCGGGGGGGAGACGCAGCGACGCGGUCGUCAUGACGAUGAAACUCAGGCCCGACGGAGAUCCGGUUCUAAGGGAAGUGAGGUUAUUGUGGCCUUCAAUGGACGCUGGUUAUCUUAACCCUUGUGCUGCCUUCGGGUCACAUGACCCAAAGGUUCAUAACGAACCAUUGUUGUGUUUACCCAGUUUUACCCAAUACAAAAACAAAUAAAAAUAAUUUUCUUUUAACCUUUGCAAUGUGGGGGGUCUGAGACAGCCCGACGGUUAAAAGAAAAUGCUUCACUUUGUUUUUGUAUGCGGUAAAGUUGUCACAAUACGACGGUGGGUCACAAUGACCCGAAGAUAACACAAGGGUUAACAGACUUGUUGGUUACUGAAGUUCCCUUUCCUCAUUGGACUGGUCCAGUUUUAUACGUGUUAGUGAGUGUUAGUUUUACUCCUGAUUGUACUAUAUGGUGAAAGCAACCAUGUAUUUCCAAGUGAAUAAUAUACUUGCAAUUUACUGUGUAUAUAUGAAGUGACGAUGCACUAAGUGAGUUGAAUUGUGUCCGUCCAUCGAUGAAUAUGCAGUGUACUGUGAUCAUGUUUGACAGUUAAACUGUUUUAAAACAUAAGGUCAUUUUGACUGUGAUGGUUUAUGUUGGAGUGUUUAUCCUGUGUCUCUAUUAAGCAUGUCCCAAUCAGCACAUCAGUAAUCAACCAAACAAGCACAGUUCGACAUCACAACCACGUCAGAAAAUCCAUUUUAACAUGAGUUUUAAUUCUGAUA